AUGGUCCGGCGCUCCAAGAAGUGUCCGAAGUGCAAGAAGCGCUUCGCCGCGCACGGGAACGUGAGGCGUCACCAGGACAAGGUGAACGCCUGUGGGGCGCAAUUUGUGAAACAGCGGAAGGAGGUGGCGAAGCGAAAGAAGUCGUGCCGUAACAGGUACGACUACCUCAACCGUGUGGGCCGUCUACACGAGUACCAAGGACCACCACCUCCCUUCAUCGAGACAACACCAACGACUCAGCCCCCACGUCGCGUCCACAAAAAUCGAGCUUUGACGGGACCGGAGCCGGUCCAGAAGGGCUGGAAGACCCCAGACAAUCCCAUGCUGGAGAGAAUCACCUUCGUAGUAAUUGACGUGAAACUGAAAAAACUUCAAGUCUGGAUUUCUGCGGACAUUGCAAAGAGGGGUCGUCUUGAUUUUCACGAAAACGUCGUUACCGAAAUUUUUCAGUUUGGUUCGGUAGAACCGGCUCAACUUGUUCCUUGCGAAGACCGCCAACAACACCUUCAUUGUCCUGGUAAAACCGCUGUCGAAUAA